AGGCCUUUUGGCCAUGGAGGCCCCCAUCUAUUAUUCCAAGUCUGAGUUCAUAGAAACUGACACAGGCAACAAGGUUUCGCGACGCGCUACCAUCGCUGGUCCCCAAAAUAUCAUACUGGGCGGGAAGACCGUAAUCUCUACGGGUGCUAUCAUUCGUGGCGACCUGAGGAGAACAGGGCCUGGACAUGCUGUCGUGAUCUCCCUCGGGAGGUACUGCCUGGUUGGGGAGGGUUGUGUGAUGAGGCCGCCGUAUAAGACGUACCGCGGGAACUUUAACUACUACCCUAUGAAGAUAGGAGAUCACGUUCAUAUCGGUGCCAACUCGGUUGUCGAGGCGGCUACUAUAGGGAACCAUGUUGAGAUCGGUAAAAAUUGUGUCAUUGGAAAGUUUACCAUCAUCAAAGACUGCGCGAAGAUUGCCGAUAAUACCGUGAUUCCUCCGAAUACUGUUAUACCCGCUCUCUCGCACUUUGCCGGUUCGCCGGGGCGAUAUGUGGAGGACAUGCCCGAGUCCACGAUGGAAGUUGUUGAAGCACGAACUAAAGGAUAUUACCGACGCUUCAUGCCGUUUGAAGGUCGGUAGUUUGCGUGGCUUUCACGAAAGCCUCCUACGGGCUGGACGAGAUGUUCCCCUCAGUGAGAUACCGGGCUGUAACAGAGCUGUAUGAAAUCGUGAAUCCCAUGUUAGAGAGACACCACGUGCCUGAUAGGAUAUGUUCACGAUUCAUUGUAGUUCUAAUCCAGUCAACUUAUCACUUGUCCUGUUUUGGGCGGCGGCUUGCAUGUGUUGUCCAGCGGCUACAGCUCAACGCUCAUAGCUGUCGUUGAUAAUGACUUCGGCCAUGACACGGACGUAGAUAGGAUUGCUCUGAUGACGCAUUCAAGUAAGCGUCGUGUUUGUCACUGCAUUGGGUCGUGAAGGGUUGCGAGUGCUGCAUGAUGCAUCGAUCUAAUUAUUAACCAGACUCUGAUGUGCGUCAAAGACGUGGAGAUGAGUCAUGAUCACCACCUUCUGAUUCCGCAGUGGUUGCAUUUUUGGUGGAUGGCUGCUUGGCAUUGACAACUGCUGACUCGAUUACGGAAGUUCCUCAAGUGCUCUGCAAGGGUUGUGACCGGCGAAAGCUUCCCAGUACUGUCGAGCGCGUCUUGUAGCCCGGCCGCACAGUCGGGUGGUCUGCGCUCGGGAUGUUUUGUACCACUAUUCAGUAACGUUGUGCUUGUACCUCA